AUGGCAGCGCUCGAGGGCUUCGACGUGGAAGCGUACGUUGCUAAAUACAGUGGCCGCAAUCGCACUGAGCGACUUUUGUUCCUGUACAAGACAUGUCCAGCGUUGCAGGCCGAAACGAAGCGUGUGCUGCUCCGAGAACUAAAGGGAGGACUGAAUAUGGGGCUGUACGUCGAGAUUUUAGGCGACAAGGCACAGGAAGAGACCAUAUUUAUUGACAGUGUAAAGCACACUGCAGUCAAGCAGCAUGAGCGACUGGAACAGGAACUCAACUCGUACAAGUCGACGAUGAUCAAAGAGAGCAUUCGGAUGGGUCAUAAUGAUUUGGGGGAUUUUUAUUUCAAGUUGGGUGAUUUGCCUGCUGCGCUAAAGAGUUUCGCUCAAGCGCGGGAUUAUUGUACGACGGACAAACAUAUUAUUGAAAUGUGUCUGAAUGUGAGCAAAGUGGCUCUGCACAUGCGUAAUUUUGGACAUGUGACCAAUUAUUUGACCAAAUUGGAACAAGUGAGCAGCUCUCAAAGUGACGCUGUUUUGAAAUCAAAGAUUGCGUCAGCGUUUGGACUUGUAGCUCUGCAUGAGAAAAACUAUCAUGCUGCUGCUUUCAAGUUUAUAGAGUGCAGUGCCGAGAUUGGGGCGAGUUAUAAUGAAGUGCUGCACGCGGAGGACAUUGCGCUGUAUGGUGGAAUUUGUGCUUUGGCGUCUUUUAAGCGUGAAGAGCUGAAGGAAAAGGUGAUCAACAACUCGUCGUUCAAAGCGUUCUUGGAGCUGCUGCCGUGGCUGCGCGAGCUCAUUACCGACUUUUACUCCAGCAACUACGCGUCCUGUCUGCAGACGCUCGAGCGUAGAAAACCUGAGCUCAAGUUAGACUUGUAUCUUUGUGAGCACGUGGAUAAAUUAUGCAAGGAGAUUCGCAGUCGUGGAAUUAUCCAGUACUUCUACCCCUAUCUAUCAGUGGACUUGCGCCAGAUGGCAUGUACGUUCAAUACGCCAACAGAUGACCUGGAAAAGGAGAUUUGCGAGUUGAUUACUGCGGAACGUCUCCGCGCGCGAAUGGAUUCGUACCAAAAGGUGUUGUAUGCAUAUCACCCGAAUCAGCGUGCUGCUACUUACGAGCGUGCGUUUGAAGUGGGACGCAAGUAUGCUGCAGAGUCGCGCAACCUGCUUUUGCGCAUGAGCUUGCUCAAGAACAACAUCAUUAUUCGCGACACGUAA